AUUUGUUACUGAUUAAGGGAUUUUCUUCAGAACUUUGAGCCCGCCAAAGCGCAGGCUGUGUUUUUAUGUUCUUUGUGUAUAUUAGCAGUAUUUCGUUAACAAAGCCUUGCCUUUCAAUUCCCCCAUAGUGGUUUGCCCUCCUAGUUAAGUAUCAAACAAAAAGCCUGGUUUUUUCAAGGCUCUGGGUAUACUCAUUCUUGUUCUUGAACGUCAAUCAAUGAGAUAACAUGAGCUAUUGAGUGUUUCUUUCUUGGCAAGGACAGAAGAAUUGUUUGCUGUGUUUUGAACUUGUGUAGUGAGGUGUUUGAGUAAAUAGACCGGUCGAACUUUUUUGGGAAGAUCCGGUUGAUAUUUGGCCAGAUUGGCUGAAAAAUUCAUUUGGUGGUGUGGCUAAUUCUUUGAGUGUUUGUAGGAUAGAGAAGAAGAUUGUUUUUGAGGCAUGGCACCGACCAGUUUGCCUCCAGGGUUCAGGUUUCAUCCCACGGAUGAAGAGUUAGUUGCUUACUAUUUGAAAAGAAAAGUCCAUGGCCACAAAAUUGAGCUUGAGGUCAUUCCUGAGGUUGAUCUUUACAAAUGCGAGCCGUGGGACUUGCCUGAGAAAUCUUUUCUUCCAGGAAGAGAUCUGGAAUGGUACUUCUUCAGUCCAAGGGACAGGAAGUAUCCAAAUGGUUCACGAACAAACAGAGCGACAGAAGCAGGUUACUGGAAGGCUACGGGAAAGGACCGCAAGGUUACUUCUCAUAUGCGUUCCAUUGGAAUGAAGAAAACUCUGGUCUUUUACAGAGGACGUGCUCCUCAUGGUAGUCGAACAGAUUGGGUCAUGCAUGAGUAUCGUCUUGAUGAGAAGGAAUGCGAAGGCUCAGGAUGUUUGCAGGAUGCAUAUGCUCUGUGUCGAGUUUUCAAAAAAAGUGGACCAGGACCCAAAACUGCCGAGCAAUAUGGAGCACCCCUUGAAAAUAUGAGCAGUUUUUAUAACGAGAACAUGUUUGUGGAUGAAAAAUUAUCUCCUAUAACUCAGGACGACGAGGGCGGCCAAACACAUUCAAGAAUUCCAUCUGAAACGUCCUCUGAAGUUAUAAACGACAAUGCAGCUACAAACAGAUGGUUGCAAUUCCCAGCUGAUGAAUCUGAGAGCUGCAAUGUUUAUCGAUCACCCAAUGAAUCUACAAGCCAUCCCUGUGUUGAGAACAAUCCUGCAUUUCUAUAUGAUGCUUCAAUACCAGAGGAUGUUGAUGGUCUUUCACUUUCUGAGUCGAGGAUGAUUGCUAGUUAUUACGAUCAACUUAAUUCAUCAGCUACGGAUGAUUCAAGAUUAGUUGAAGACAUUUACUUAAAAGCACAGGCGUCCCAGGGGAACAAUUAUUCAAACCAAUUCAUAAACGAGUAUGAAAAUUUGCUUAAUACAGACUAUCUUCAACUUGCUGAUCUCCCCUCAGAGGAAAGCUCACAAGAUCACCACAAGAAACCCAGUGCUGCAAAACAAGAAGAAGGCAGGUUUAGUUUAUACGACUAUGCUUUACAAGAAAACAUUGGUAGUUUAUUUGAAAUGCCUGAGCAGCCUCUCUUCUAUAAUAAUUUUCUGCGCCAAGAAUCAGACCCAGAGAUUAUCUUAAAACAUUUCAAUCCUGGAGCUUUUUCAGGAGCUAACAUCCCGAUUUCAGGAGGAGGGAUUCACAGCUUGAGUGAGAACAACCACUUUCUAGCACGGACCAAAUCCGAACCAUAUAAUAUUCCAGAUGACACUGGUGGUGGGAGUCUAGAAAGGAAAGACUCAAUGCCUGAAUAUAUCCGCAAUCCGUUUCAACUCUGUAAAAGAGUGGAAGGCAAUCCACACAUUCGUACAAUUGAGAAGAAGUCUUCUGAGAUAGAGAUGCUUCUGAAUAUAAUCGACAAUGAUAUUUCUUUGGAGAAGAUACAAUCAAGCUAUGAAAACCCAUCUGGGGACUACAUCAAGCAGCCACAAUUACAGUUCGGUAUGUCAGAAAAAGGCUCAGCAGUUGAAGACCUGACAGAAUCAGAACCUGAACAGAAAAAUAUUGCAAGUAAGGAUGAGAUUAAGUCUUUAGACAAGGUGCCAAGAUUGGGACGACUUUCCUUUUGGUGGAAGGGCAAGACACAAGCUUAUUUGGCCUCACUGAAUUCAAACAAUUCUAUUUUGGCUACUGGAUUGGGUGCUUCUGCUGUGACUGGAGCUGUUCCAUGGCUGCUUUACAGAGGAAAUGUAAGCUUACCUGGGUCCUCCAUGUCAAAGGGAGGCUUAAGGCAUAGAGUACAGAGCUCCAAGUCAGAAUAUGUGCUUUCUAACGUGGAAGAGAAAACUGUAGACCAUGUGGCAGACAAUGCCUGUCCUAAAAGCUCUAGCUUGGACAAAAAAUGUGGUAUAUUGGAUGGACUCUUUCACCCCGGAAGUAAAAGAUCUCUGGCAACUUCAAGUGGAAGCCUUAAGCUGGUAUGCCUUUUGGUUAUGGCAUUGUUUAUCAUGUGCUUUAUCUUUCUGCAGGGUAAGGGGAGCCUUGCUAGGAUUUUAUCCACAAGUCUCUAGGAAUCUGACACAAUAAUUGCACCAAUAUAUAUGUGAACUUUCACAAAUAUAUCUGUGCACAAUUUGAUAUGUAUUACUUUAAAACUAUACGUCUCUAGUAGAGACUCAUAUGCAUAAUGUAUUGUUAAGUAUGGAGGAAGCCUAUGAGGCAGCUUUCCUUCUCAUGAACAAACUUACUUAUUAUUUAUAAUAUACAUUAUAUUCAAAUUA